AUGUCACUACUACCAACUAUUAAUAAUUUCAAGCCUGUUUAUAACUUAGUUAAAUUAGAAUUAGAAAACUAUGAAGAAAAUGAACUAGUUUUAGACACAAUUUAUGAGUUAAAAUUAUUUUUUCAAAAUCCUAAUAAUUGUACUUGCCGUCAAACACCAAAACAAAAAGACCUUAGAACCUGUUUUGAAAAAGUAGGGUUUAAGCGUUUUUUUGAAAGAUAUUUUGAAUUAAAAGCUUUAGAAGAACAUGAGCUUGAGCUUUUUAUAAAAUCACAAUUAAUAUCAUUUGAAAUUAGUGAUGAAAAAUUAAAGAAUAAAACACAAAAGUUAACUGAACAUGUUCAUAGAAAUACUGGGCAUGCAUCUAAAACAGAUUCAAAA